UGUCAGUUAAGAGAGACCAACUGCCUUUUCUUGCUUCUUGCCUCGUGAUGUACCGUAUUUUUUGUUCUAUAGGACGCACUUUUCCCCCUCCAAAAUUAAGGGGAAAUGUGUGUGCAUCCUAUGGAGCGAAUGCAGGCUCCUUGGCUUCAGCGAUAGCAACGCGAAGCCUCCGAAGCGCAGAGGGAGCGCUCCCAGUCCCACCAGGAGAUGCUGGGGACUGAACCUGAUGCCUUCUGCAUGCUAAACACUUGUUCUACCACUGAGCUAUGGCCCUAGCUCACAAUACUGCUGUCAGGAUAAAAUGGAGAAGGUGGAGGCUGAAGUGUGUAUGCUCUGUGGAGGAAAGGUGGGAUAGAAGUAUAAGAAGGAAUAAAGUAUGUAAACUAGCCUAUAAGUGAAUAAAUUACAGUAUAUUUUUAACUUACCGUAUUUUUCGCACCAUAGGACGCACCGGUCCAUAGGACGCAUCAAGUUUUUGGGGGGGGAAAUAAAGGAAAAAAAAUUAUUUCCCCCCCAGGCGCUUGUGGGGCCGGCAGCGGGGAGAAGCGCUCUUCUCCCCGCAGUCCGCCUUCAGAUCAGGUCCGGGGACAGCGGGAAGACGCGCUGCGUCUCCCUGCUGUCCCCGGAGCUGGGGGCAGGCAGCGGGGAGAGCGCUCUUCUCCCUGCCGCCCGCCUUGAGAUCAGGUCCGGGGACAGCGGGGAGACCCGCUGCGUCUCCCUGCUGUCCCCGGAGCUUGGGGGCAGGCAGCGGGGAGAAGCGCUCUUCUCCCCGCGGCUCGCCUUCAGAUCAGGUCCGGGGACAGCGGGAAGACGCGCUGCGUCUCCCAGCUGUCCCCGGAGCUUGGGGCAGGCAGCGGGAGAAGCGCUCUUCUCCCCGCCGCCCGCCUUCACAUCAGGUCCGGGGACAGCGGGACGCCGCGCUGCGCCUCCCAGCGCUCCCCGGCGCUUGGGGGCCGGCAGCGGGGAGAAGCGCUCUUCUCCCCGCCGCCCGCCUACACAUCAGGUCCGGGGACAGCGGGAAGACGCGCUGCGUCUCCCUGCUGUCCCCGGAGCUUGUGGCAGGCAGCGGGGAGAAGCGCUCUUCUCCCCGCCGCCCGCCUUCACAUCAGGUCCGGGGACAGCGGGAAGACGCGCUGCAUCUCCCUGCUGUCCCCGGAGCUUGGGGGCAGGCAGCGGGGAGAAGCGCUCGGCUCCCCGCCGCCCGCAUUCACAUCAGGUCCGGGGACAGCGGGAAGACGCGCUGCGUCUCCCAGCUGUCCCCGGAGCGUGGGGGCAGGCAGCGGGGAGAAGCGCUCUUCUCCCCGCCGCCCGCCUUCACAUCAGGUCCGGGGACAGCGGGAAGACGCGCUGCGUCUCCCUGCUGUCCCCGGAGCGUGGGGGCAGGCAGCGGGGAGAAGCGCUGCUCUCCCCGCCGUCCGCCUUGAUAUCAAGUCCGGGGACAGCGGGAAGACGCGCUGCAUCUCCCUGCUGUCCCCGGAGCGUGGGGGCAGGCAGUGGGGAGAAGCGCUCUUCUCCCCGCCGCCCGCCGUCACAUCAGGUCCGGGGCCAGCGCGAACACGCGCUGCGGCUCCCUGCUUUACCCGGAGCGUGGGGCAGGCAGCGGGAGAGCGCUCUUCUCCCCGCCGCCCGCCUUGAUAUCAAGUCCGGGGACAGCGGGAAGACGCGCUGCGUCUCCCUGCUGUCCCCGGAGCUUGGGGGCAGGCAGCGGGAGAAGCGCUCUUCUCCCGCCGCCCGCCUCACAUCCGGUUCGGGGACCGCGGGACGAGGCGAAGCGUCUCCCUGCUGUCCCCGGAGCUUGGGGGCAGGCAGCGGGGAGAAGCGCUCUUCUCCCCGCCGCCCGCCUUCACAUCAGGUCCGGGGACAGCGGGAAGACGCGCUGCGUCUCCCAGCUGACCCGGAGCUUGCGGGGCCGGCGGCGGGGUCUCCCCGCCGUCAGCCUCCAAACCACUUCGGGAGACAGCGGGAUGGCGGCGUUCCGCCUCCCUCUGUCCCCCGACCUUGUGGGGCUGGCGCUGGGGCUCUCCUGAAGCCUGGAGAGCGAGAGGGUCGGUGCGCACCGACCCCUCUCGCUCUCCAGGCUUCAGUGAAAGCCUGCAUUCGCACCAUAGGACGCACACACAUUUCCCCUUCAUUUUUGGAGGGGAAAAAGUUCGUCCUAUAGUGCGAAAAAUACGGUACUCUCCUAAUAAUUUGUAUAUAAAUUAUAAAAGUGGUAUAUAAAUUUUGUUAAAUAAAAAAAAGGAAAUGUUCAGACUUUCAGACAGUAUGUUAUGCCUGAGCCUUCAUUGCUGAAACUCCCAACAGCAUUUUCAUGCUCACAAACACCUGAUGAAGGAACUAUUGUGACAUAACCCAUUCAAGCAGAGUGAAGGGGCAACAGGCUGUCAACAGUGGCAGUAGUUGGGGGCUCCCAUCUAUUAAAAAGCCACAGAAAGUCUUUUUAUACUGCCUGAGGAAUUAAUCCCUUCUUUAACGUUCAUAAUUGCUGGAUCGAUUUAACAGGACUGGAGCUAACAUUUGCUUGGAUUUGGCACCAUUGAUAGGGAACUGCCUGCUGCGUCCUCCGCUUUGAAGUCACCCUGGUCCUUGGGCCUCCAGUACCUUCUUCAGCAUGUCCAACCCAUCUAAGAGGCGUAUGAUACUGGUGUUCCACUGGGUUAGGAGGAAGCCCCUGACAGAGAAGCUGUGCUCUACCAUCUCGGCCAGACCUUCUGCCUCUGCACCGGCUUGCAACACUCCUCACAUUUCACCCUACUUCACGAGGAGCAAGACACAACCCGCUCCGCUCAGGAGGUCCAGCAGGCGCAAGGUGCUGCGAUUGCCAAAUCUCACCGACCCCAAGUUUUUAAGAUCUGUCAUUGGCAGCGUUGGCUGGAAGAGAGCCCGCAGGUGUGGCAAGCAAAAGAAGACUCCAGCGGAAACAGGAAAAGGGAUGAGGGCUAGGCUAGAGGCAAGAAGGCUCCAAAGUUAUUUGUGGGGUGGGAUUGCUUUGGAAGAUACCUUCUCACAAUCUCUGCCCUUGAACCAUGUAAGGACAUAAGAAGUGCCUGCUGGAUGAGGCCACAUUGGCCUGUCUAGUCCAGCACCCUGUUCUCACAGUGGCCAACCAGAGGCCUGUGGAAACAAGAGCAUUCUGUAUUCCCUUCCUGCAUCUUCCAGCAACUACUAUUCACAAAGGUUACCGCCACUGACUCUGGAGGUAGAGCAUAGCCAUCGUGCCUAAUGGCCAUUGAUAGCCUUUCCUGCAUAAAAGGAUCCAAGUUGGUGGCCGUCCCAGCUUUCUGUGGGAUUGAGCUUCCAGAGGCGUAGCUAAGCAUGCCUGCUGCAGGAAAAACAGGCAUUAAAAGCACAUUUCUCCCAAAGAAUCCUGGGAAUUGCAGUUUGUAAAGGGUGCUACAAAUUGUAGCUAUGCGGUAGAAGGGUAAUCUACAGUUCCCAGGAUUCUUACAGGGGAGAAGCAAUAAUGCUUUUAAUGUAUGGUGUGUACACAGCCUCAAAUUAGCUCCACCAGCUCUGUAAUCCUAGAGCAAAGAUUAUAAUGCAUAUUAUUGUUGUUGUUGUACUUUUAUAAAUAUUAUAAAACCCAUUCCUGCAAGCCAUGUAGUCUGGGAUAAACUCAGUCACCCCUCCCAUCAUUAAUUGUUUCUACUAGGUGGGGAGGGGUGUUGGAUCUGCUUCCCUGCCUUGAAGAAAGGCGCAGGUCAGAUGUGUGCCCAGACCUGGCCACGCUUCGCAAGAGAGGUGUGUUGGUUCAAGGUGGCCACGCGGCCUGCAACUUGCACUCCUUCCUGACGUGUCUUCCCCAAACCCCUUCUUCCAGAGGCUGUGUUGAAGUUUUCCAUCACGUGGAGCACAAACUCGCGGAACUACCUCGAGGCUCAGGCAGUGGUGGAAACCCUCCUCAGGCAUGAGACGCCAGAGAGCCUCUUGCAAUACGAAGGGAUCAAAGCAGCUGUGGAGUCUCUCCUACCAUACACAGCACUUCCAGAGGCUGGGCCGGUUACUGCAGGCCUCCAUGUUCCUUGAUUUCAUGUGACAAAACAUGAAGUUGCCUGACGCCGCCAAGUGGGACGAGGAGAUGGACACGUGAUGAGCUUUAUUUAUUUAUUUAUUAUCAUUAUUCUUGAGUACAAAUUAGAAAAAAAUACAAAUAUACAAAAAAAGGAAAAUACAUGUAACCAAUAGAAAAUUAGAAAACAUUUUACCUCUUCUCAUAUUUACAAUUAUUUACACCUCUACAAAACAAUAUUCACAAUAAAGAAAAGAAAUGAAAGGUAAAAUAUAAAAGAAAAGAACAAGAAGAAGAUAAAGAAAAGGAAAAAAUAAGAUCAAGAAUGAGAAUUUUAAAAGUAGAUAAGUAUUCACUAUACACAGCCAUUUCCAAUCUAUCUUUUUAUUCAGUUAUGUAUUUUCAUCAUAUCCUUAUCUAUCUUAAUUAAAAUAUUUUUAAAAGACUUCCACCGUUUGCCUCACACGUUUUUGGUAGUCCAUUUGUCAAAACCUCUGUUCUUCGUCAAAACCUCCACCAGCCCCAAAGAGCAGGU